AUGAGGGCUGUGCUGGUGACCCUCCUGGCUCUGGUCUCAGUGUCCAGGGUCCCUGCAGCCUGGCUGGGGAAGCUGGACCCGGGGAAGCUUCUGGGGUCCUGGUAUGUCGUUGCCGUGGCCUCUGGUGAGAAGGGCUUCGCCGUGGAGAAGGCCACGAAGAACAUCGAGGGAGUCGUGGUGACGCUCACUCCUGAAAACAAGCUGAAGGUGCUGUCCUCCCGCCACAGGUUGGAGAGGUGUAAUCUGAGUGUGGUGGAGUUGCUGAGGCAAAACUCUGCGUGGGUGUUCGAGAAUCCCUCCCUGGGCGUGCUGGAGUACCGGGUGCUGGGCACCAACUUCAGGGACUAUGCCAUCGUGUUCACGCUCCUGGAGCAGCAGGACGAGGCCUUCACCACGGUGGAGCUGUACAGUCGGACACACCUGGCCAGCCCCGAGGCCUUCAGCUUCUUCACACAGUGGAGCCAGGGUCUGGGCUUCCUGUCGCAGCAGCAGGCCAGGCUGCAGACCGACCUCACCUGUGCGCACAAGGCCUUCCAGUGAAUGCUGUGGCCCCCGGGGGGGACAGUGCCCACCGUGUCCUGGUGGGGGCUGGCCAGGCGCUGCCCUCUGAGCUCAGCUACCC